UACGCUUUAAUUCUUUUUAUCUCUCUCUGUUCGUCUCUAUAGCACAUUUGCACCUCCCUCUCUCCCUCUCAACGAGUACCAUCGACUCUCACUCUUCUCUAUCUCGCCGCUGCUCAAGUACUCGUCAUUGGCCGCCACAAAAUCUUAUAUACCGAUCUCCUUUGCGCGUACACAUUGAAAACAAGAAAUUGUUUUGGGUGGCAGGCAAGGCAUUCAUUGAAGGGCCCGGAGUUCUGCAUUUUCUCAAAAAAUUUUGUAUAGAAUCUUCAUGAUAUGGAUCAACAGAUUGAAGAACUACCAGAAUACAUACAUAUCAAUCAAAAUGAUUUCUCAUACCGAAAGCACAAGAAGCAAAAGGAGGAAGAUAUUGCUAUUUGCGAAUGCAAAUAUAAUGCCAAUGAUCCUGAUAGUGCAUGUGGGGAGAGGUGCUUGAAUGUACUAACCAGCACAGAAUGCACUCCUAAUUACUGCCCUUGUGGUGUUUGCUGCAAGAAUCAGAGAUUUCAGAAAUGUGCAUAUGCUGAAACAAAGUUGUUUAAAACUCAAGGCCGAGGGUGGGGACUUCUAGCUGAUAAGGAUAUAAAGGCAGGACAGUUUAUUAUUGAAUACUGUGGAGAAGUUAUAUCCUGGAAAGAAGCAAAGCGAAGAUCCCAUGCUUAUGAAACUCAGGGUCUCAAGGAUGCAUUUAUCAUUUCUCUCAAUGGUUCUGAAUCUAUUGAUGCUACUAAAAAGGGAAGCCUUGCUAGGUUUAUUAACCAUUCAUGCCAACCGAAUUGUGAGACGAGGAAAUGGAAUGUGUUGGGGGAAAUUAGGGUUGGAAUAUUUGCAAAAGAAGAUAUACUGAAGGGAACUGAAUUGGGAUAUGAUUACAAUUUUGAAUGGUAUGGCGGUGCCAAGGUUCGUUGCCUCUGUGGUGCAGCAAGCUGUUCAGGAUUUCUUGGGGCAAAAUCUCGUGGGUUUCAGGUUGUCCAACUUCUUCAACAGGAGGAUACCUAUCUGUGGGAAGAUGAUGAUGAUAGGUAUUCAGUUGAGAAAAUUCCUCUCUAUGAUUCUGCCGAGGAUGAACCUUCCUCUAAGCAACUUAAAAGCAUGAACUCCUCAAGUUCUGAAUAUAAUGUUGAUGAGAAAAAUAAAUACUCCAUGACAAUGAAUGUUAGUGUGGGAUCUGAGCACCAAUUUGAAUCCACUGCUCUCAGCGUUCAGCCACCUGAUCCAGUUCCCAUGGAGGAUGUAGUUGUCAGUGAAAUAAAAACUGAAGCAAGUGAGGAAAUGAAACUGUAUUCAGAAGAUACUCAACAGGCCUUUUCACAGAAGAAUGCAAUGAUAUCUCGUAUACGAAGUAAUAGUGCAUGCCGGAACUAUCACAUUGGACCAGGGUCGUUGUCAAACAAAAGAUCAAAACAGUACCCUAAUGGAAGGUUGAAACACUCGUCGCAGAAGCAAGUUGAUGCAAAAUUGGUUGCCCUACUUUUAGUAUCAAAAGAAGCAAAAGAGGAAAUCCUAAGAUCUGAGGAAAUUAAGGAUGAUGCCAACUCUGGGCUUGAUUCCUUAUACAAUGAGAUACGACCUGCCAUUGAAGAAUAUGAGAGGGACAACCAAGACAGUGUAGCUACCAGUGUAGCAGAGAAGUGGAUAGAAGCCAGCUGCUUAAAAUUAAAGGCAGACUUUGACUUUCAUUUCUCGAUUGUUAAAGGUUUCGCCUGCAAUCGCCAAAGUGCUGAAGCAAGACCUGCUGAAGGAGACAACGAGAAUGGAAUUAAGUACUUAACAAAUUAAUUUGUGUCUAUUAGGCAGUGUGAAAUUUACAUUUGUUUUUAACAGCUCGGGGGUUUGUCAAAUGUGGGGGGUUAUUACAAGUUACACCAUUUUAUAUCUAAAUCUUGUUCUGCACUCCUUAUUUCACACUACAUACUACACACUAAUUGUGAAAUCGUGUUUUAUGUUUUCAAAACACGAUUUCAGCUGACAUGGCAUUGUGUGUCCCAUACAGAGUGUCUAACUAAUUACUACUUCCAACUUUAUUUCAUCAUGAAUAUGGGAAUGCCCGAAUGCCAGUUGUUUU